AUGAACAUACUAUUAGUCUGCGAUGACUAUAAAUUUGUCCUAGUAGAGGAAUGUUCUCAAGAACCCACGGCUAAUGCAUCUAAAACCGCUCGGCGGCCUUAUGAUCGUUGGAUCAAGGCCAACAAUAAAGCAAAGUGCUAUAUGUUGGCCAGCGUGAGGGAUGUGCUUCGCAAGAAGUACUUGGAGAUGGAGACUGCUUAUAUGUUUGGUGCUCUUUCAGAGAAGGCUCAUUUAGAUGCUGUCAGGGCUUUCAUGAACGACAAGAUGAAGAAAGGCGUUUCGGUCAAGGCACAUGUUUUGAACAUGGUUGAUCACCUCCAUGAGGCAGAGCUCAAUGGUGUCAGGAUCGAUGAAGCCAUCCAAGUUGGCAUCAUCUUAUAG